AUGCAAAUGCUCGAGAAAUUAUUGAGCAACAAAUUUCUGCGGAUUCUAAGCAUGACCACGAAUCAAAGCUGGGCAAGGCAGACGGAAGCUAUUGAAGAAACGAUUCCACAAAGCUUAAACUCGAGAUCCUCCAUUACACAUUUAGUUAUCUCAAGCAGUAUUUGCUCCGCAACUGGGAUGAAAACGAUAUUGCGUGCCCCUACAGCACUAAUUUCUCUUCACUACCACUACCACGGAAAGCAGAUGCAGAUUCGUAACGCCAUCACGCCAUCUAAUUUCCCAGCCCCUCUGCUCGCCCAGCAGUCGUCUUUGGAAGAGCUUGCUGUCUAUGCUCAGCCUCAUCAACACAUCUCCCUGCAACACCCCGCUGGGCAUGUCAUGAAAUCAAUGCGCGGCUUCGUCGCUCUCAAACGUUUAGGCCUUCCUGCGUGGUGGAUGGUCCAUCCCAGCCUUGAGUACCGAGAAGAGCAGGACGCCGAUGCUUCGUCUUCGGCGAAGAUUGUUGAGAUGCUUCCGCCAAAUCUGGAAGUUUUACAAAUUCAACUCGAAGAGGUCCGCCUCCAUUGUCGGAACCAGGUCCCAUUCGAGCACAUAUCGCGCACUGAAAAUGUGGUCGAGCACUAUGACAUGCUACUUAGAUGGCUCAGGGAAAUUGCUUUGUGGAAGCACGUAUAUCUUCAUGCGUUGAAGGAAGUUGUCGUCUGGUCUUCGGGCCCAGAGAUGCCUCACGAAUGGAAGAUGCGACUUGGGUCAGAAUUGAGGGCACUUUUUCGGAGCAAGGAGCGGGUAUAA